CGAAGCUAGAGACGGUAGCGGUUUAUGACUUCUUAGAGUUUAUAGUUGUAGUUAAAGUCGGAGUUGGAUAACACAAGUAGCAAUCAGAUCACACACCCCAGACACACCAAACCCCUCACGAACUUAGCAACCCUAAACCCCUCUUGUCUCUUCAAACCCACCAAGGUUGUAUUCUUCAAUCAUGGACGUCGAUCCUAGUAACUACGAUCAACUCGCUAUCAAUGAGAACGACACUCAUGAUGUGGUCCUAUCGUAUCUGGUGCACAACUGUUAUAUAGAAACUGUGGAGGCAUUUGUUGCUUCUACUGGGAUGAAGCAGCCUGCCGAUUGUAAUGAUGAUAUGGAGAAAAGGAAAAGUAUUUAUCAUUGUGCGGUGGAGGGGAAUGUUCUUAAGGCGAUUGAACUGACAGAACAGCUGGCGAAUGACUUACUGGAGAAAAAUAAAGACUUGCAUUUUGAUCUUCUGAGCCUUCGCUUUGUUGAACUUGUUUGCUCUAGAAAAUGCACAGAAGCUUUGGAAUUUGCUCAGACCAAUUUGACCCCCUUUGGGAAGGUGGAAAAAUUCGUUGCAAAACUCGAGGACUUCAUGGCUCUGCUUGCUUACGAAGAGCCGGAGAAAUCCCCAAUGUUUCAUUUGCUUAGCAAGGACUAUCGGCAGCAAGUUGCAGAUAGUUUGAAUCGAGCAAUUCUAGCACAUUCAAACCUUCCCAGUUAUACAGCAAUGGAAAGGCUAAUACAACAGACAACAGCAGUUAGGCAAUCUAUAAGUGAAGAUAAUGCCAAGAAUGGGUCACAACCAUUUUCUUUGAAGGAUUUUCUUAGCAGCUAAAUCGAGGAACGCUCCAAGUACUACUGGUGAGGAGCUAUUGCGGUUGAUGAGCUUUCAAGUCCUACUGUUCAGCAAGUCUGCUUUCAAUCUUGUUGCCACAAGUGAAGUCUGGGUCACUGAUUGUUUCUUGUAUAGAAAGUAGGGAUCAAUGCUCUAUGGAUUUUCAGUUAGCUGGCUAUAUAGAAAAUCAUUAGUUGGGUAUAAGAUUUGUGCCAAUGGGUCUGUUUAUGGGGGAUUGUUGGUGGAUCUAAUGCAAGGCUUGCAUCUGGUAUUUUUCUGUGGACCUUUCUCUUAUUCUUUGAGUUGCAAACUUCUGUAAUCUAUCUCAAGUAUAAUGUCACAUGACUUGAUGUGAUGUAAUUUUCUCAAUUUUCUUGUC